AGCUUCCAUCGCCUUUUAGGCUACCCCCCAACUCAGAGCUUUCUGUAUUCGCUAGUUUUCUUCGCCAGCAAGGUAUUCUAGUCUGGCAAAUUCGAGUUAACAAUGAUGACUAAAGCACUGACGCUAAGUUCUGUUAUUUGGUCAGUUAUGAUUGUCAACUUGAUAACGACAUCACAUAGUAGCUCAAGAAGUCUGGAUCCAGAGUUUUGCCAAAGGUUGUUUCAAGCAGAUAUCAAUCGGCUGUACCAUGGUGUCGACUAUAACAUCAGCUUACAGAAUCAUACCCGCCCGAGCAUGCGUGACGACGUAGCACCGCUGCCACUGUUUACUUGGGUAAACGAAACGCGGCUUAAGCAUACCACUUUCUCAAGUAUGGAAGCAUUGUUUGACAACUAUUUCCUUUACACUGGGAACAAGGAACAUGAAUCCAAACAAGAAAGAGAAGAGAAAAAAGGGUUCAUCGAGGCUGUCAUGGCAACAGAUGUGAUGAAGCUCACCCAUAACUAUCUUGUGCACGAGAGACUUGUACCCAAAAGCCGGGGUUCGUUCAAGAAGCUGCUGAUCAAAUUAUGGUUUAAUUUUUACCGUCGAAAAACUGCUGGCGACACUUCUGGCUUUGAGCACGUGUUUGUUGGAGAGAUAAAGAGAAGUCGCCGGCCUCAAGACGUCGUUGGGGGUAUGCAUAACUGGGUUCGCUUUUAUCGAGAGGAGAAGAAGAAGGAGGCUGACUACGAGGGCUUCAUUGUCGCAAAUACAGCAGAGCCCCGUAUAGUGACAGCUCGGUUCAAGUACCACACCGUCCAGAAGCCGAUCGGCGGUUUUUUCGUCGGAACAAGCCCAGAAUUCGAACUGUCUCUCUACACCACGUGCUUCCUCAAGUACCCUAACGGGAAGUGUACCUGCCAAAUGAACGGGAAAAGGGUCAAGAUCAUAACGUACAGGGACAGAAGAACGUCACUUGUUGCUACUGCCUACCCUGUGGUUUAGCACAGCCAAAACAAAUCAAAUCUUGCAAUUGAUGGCCAUAACACAGACACCUAGCCAGGGUUUGCUAGGGGGUGGGGGGACUGGGUGCAGUCAGAGAUAUUAUAUGGAAAAAGGGGAUUUUUUUUUAUAGAUUUUCAAUAAAAAAAUGAAUCUUU